AGCAAGCACAGCACAGGCUUAAUCCACAUAAAGCAGCAAGCCCAGAGUUCCAGGACAGGUGCUCAGGAACUAACUGUGCUGAGCAGUUUGCAGAGAAAAUGACCUGCCCACAUUUCUCAGCAUGUUCAUGUAUCCUGGUGAAAAAAGAUAAAUGCAUUAUACUACAGUAUGCUGACACGAGGCAAUAUAUUGGUGCAAUAACAUAUAAGGUGUAGCCAUGACAAUACUCCUAUAUAUCUGCAUUCUACUCAAUUUAAUCUGCUUCUCUGCCACUCAGAAGAAUGAUAGAGAUGAGAUUCAAAAUCUUUAUUUAAAAAAUGUGACAGCAAUUCCAGAAAUAAUGAAAGCUGGAGCCACAGAAGUCUAUUUUGUUGAAAGUCAGAUUAAUGUCAUACCAAACGGAGCAUUUUCUAAAAACCCUAAAAUAGAGAUCAUUGAGUUUUAUCGAACACCUACAACUUCUAUAGAAGAAGGUGCUUUUGAAGGCCUAGAACAUCUGAAAACCAUUGACAUUUCAAGUACCCAAUUAACAUCUCUGCCUGUUGGUGUUUUUAAGGAUUUGACCAACCUUAAAAAACUGAUUCUAAAAUCUAACAAAAUUUCGAGUCUCAAAACUGGACUGUUUGAAGAUACCAAGAAUCUUGAAAUACUCCGUUUGGAAGGUAACAUGAUUGCAACAUUUGAAGAGGGAACAUUUGAUCCAUUGGAAAAUCUUACAGAGCUUAAUAUUGCAAGGAAUAAUCUUACUUCCAUCUCAUCAUCUCUUUUUUCCAAGCUCAAAAAUCUACAAAUUUUCAGGUUGUUUGGGAACCAGCUGACAUCAAUGCCUGAUGGAAUUUUCGAUCCUCUACCAAAUCUAAAGGAAGUCGACAUCCAUGGCAACAGAAUCACAUACUUAGCCCCAGAUUUGUUUCCACAAAAAAAUAUGUUGACCAAGCUGUUUUUAGACCAUAAUCUCUUGACUGAUCUUCCACCAGAGCUGUUUGCACGCUUAUCUGCCCUUAAAAUUUUAAAACUGGAUCACAAUCAGCUUACUACUCUGUCCCCUUCUCUUUUCAGGGACAUGCAUAUCAUGACUGAAUUAUUUCUGAACAGCAACAAUCUCACAUCCUUACCCCAUGGAAUUUUUCAGUCAAUGAACCAACUUAAGAAAUUAGACCUGUCCUCAAAUCAGUUUUCAGCUCUUUCUGGAGAACCUUUUAGUAGACUUACUAAACUUUCUGAGCUUGAUCUUCAGAAUAAUCUCAUUGAAUCACUGCACUCUGAAGACUUCAAAAGCCUACAAUCUCUUUCUACCCUCAGACUAAAUAACAAUAGUCUGAGAAUGAUUCCACAAGGUGUAUUUGAUUCUCUGCCAAAACUCAAGAAGAUAUAUUUGAAUCACAAUCCAUGGAACUGUGACUGUAACCUGAUUUCCAUGUACAAAUGGAUGAUUGCAAAUUCAGGAAAGAUAAAGCCUUCUUCUUCUUCUUCAGUGGUUUGUGCCUACCCUGAGAUUUUGGAUGGUCAAUCAAUCGCAUCUUUGAAAGAAGACCAACUGAUAUGCCCCACAACUCCAACUAUUACAACAACAGCUCCACCGACAACACCAUCUACAACUGUCCAAAUAAAAACUACUACUUUCGUAAUCACUACAAGUACAGCAACAACUUUAAUGACUACAACCGCCCUGAUUACCACUCCAACAACAGUACCCACCACUCCUUCCCCAACCACCAUAUUAGAAACCACUUAUCCUACAACCACACCACCAACCACUUAUUUUCCUACAACAGCUCUUAUGACAACCACAGAACUUCUUACCACAACGGCAACCCUGACUACAGUUUCACCCACUAUAGCAACCACUACACCACCAAUCACUUCCUUUCCUACAACGGCUCUUACGACAACCACAGAACUUUUUACCACAACGGCAACCCUGACUACAGUAUCACCCACUAUAGCAACCACUACACCACCAAUCACUUCCUUUCCUACAACGGCUCUUACGACAACCACAGAACUUUUUACCACAACGGCAACCCUGACUACAGUAUCACCCACUAUAGCAACCACUACACCACCAAUCACUUCCUUUCCUACAACGGCUCUUACAACAACCACAGAACUCCUUACAACAAUGAAAAUCUUGACUACAGUAUCACCCACUAUAGCAACAACCAAACCACCAACUACUUCAACCAUAGAACAAACCACUUCAUCUACAGCUUUAUCAACCUUAGUCACAACAGUAACUAAUCCAGAGGCCACAACUACUACAGUCCUCACUAUAUCGCCAGUAAGAAAAACAACACAAGUCUCCACAGUCCUCAGAACUUUUAUGUGUACUAGUGUCUCCAACUCUCAUCAUCAAUAUUCUGGCAUGAUUUCCACCUCACCAGCAGACAAAACUUCAUCCUGUAAGGUCCUGAUGCUUUCCUACACAAUUAUGUUGGUAAUAGAGAUCUGCUGUACACUGGUACUUGCAAAGAUCACUUAUUCGUUGUAUUGUUUGCUCCAGCAAAGAGAAAAGCUAUAUUGUAAUGUCAACCUCACACGCUUCUCCUACACCAAAUCUGUUACACUCCUGCCACUCGAAGAAACUGAGACUGUGGCCCUAUGAGACUGUGUCUCAUAUAGCCUGUGUAUUCACUGGUUUUAUCAUUGUCCUGUUAACAGGUUCUUGCACCUGUGAAAUUCUCAGUUUGUUUCAGUUAUUGUUGCUUCCAAACUUGUGUAUAUGUGUACAGUAACUGGUGUUUGAUAGACAACAUCCACUAGGCACAAUUUAGAAAUAGUUUUUAAAAUAUAUAUUAUUUCCAAAAAUCAACUGCUAUAGUUUUUUUUUUUUUUUUUUUUUUACGUUU